AUGGUGAAUCUGAAACAAGCUCCUUUAGUGGUAUAUGGUCAUACUGCUCGUGUAUGGGAUUGUCAAAUUGUAGGCGAAUAUCUGGUUAGUAUCUCGGAAGAUGCGACAUGUCGAGUUUGGAAGAACGCAAUGAUGGCAAAUGACAACAAAGACAGUAUUGAUUUAGGUGAUACAAGCAUGGAUUGCUUAGCUUGUUGGGAAGGUCAUACUGGUAAGAAUAUUUGGAGUGCUGCUGUUAGUCCAGAUCAUAGGAUCGUUGCAACUGGUGGUCAGGAUUCUGGUAUUCGUCUUUGGUCUCUUACAUCUAUCAAGGAAAACAAUAUUGUUUCGGAAGAUGAUUUGGCCUGCAUGCGACUUCCUGAACAAUACAAGGGAGAUAUGAUUCGAAACUUUGGCUUGAUCAAUCAUAAAACUCUCAUGGCUUCCACGGAUCAUGGCCACUUAAUCCGAUUUGAUGCUUCUACAAAUAUUCCUGGUUGGAGUGAUGUUUAUCAAGAUGAUGAUUUACGCGGUUACUCCAUAUUACAACAAUCAUCCUGUGGUCGCCUCCUUGUUGCUGGUAGCAUGAAUGGUGGACUUUUGUUUUAUAGUACUCAAGAUGAAUUCAAAUCAUUAAAGCUUGAUAUUCACUCGCAAAAGAUAUUUGAAAUCUUCAUCAUUGCUUCACAAGUGAACAAGGAUCUGUUUUAUAUUGUCUCCUAUGGCUAUAAUGGUGAUAUCUACUUUCAUCUACUUGACACCUCGGAUCCAACCAAGACUACUGUCAGCACACCUUAUAUGCUCAAACUUCCUGAAUGUCGGACAACAUUAGUAUCAGCAGCCCUGGUCGAAUCAAAAGGAGUAUUGAUUUGUGGUUCUAGAGAAUCAACGAUGCUAAUCUACCGCUUACCCGAUUUCACUAUCGAUCAUUUUCAUCACAACAAUAAAUUACCAGUACAUCCAGCAAUACAGGUUGAUAAAGUCCAUGGAAAACAAUGCAUCAGCGGAAUCACUAUCAAACAAUCAUCAUCAUCAUCAAUGAUUUCUCCUUUUACUGAAGAAGAUUGUAUUACUUUUUGGACAACUGGACGUGAUGGAUGCUACAUCGAAUAUCGUCUCAAGACUGCAAACGCUCGUAAUUCUUCAUUUUCUCCGGAUCAACAAGAAGCCAUAUCUGUCAAUCAAGAUCUUAUAUUGGAAAAAGUGUAUCGCAACAAGGUGACAAAAGGUUGGUUAGAAGGUGCUGUCUACGUGGAUGAUGAACUGUUAUUACUUGGAUUUUAUAGAAAAUCUUUCUUUGUUUAUAACGAAACAAAGCACUUUGAGAUGAUAUCGGUAGCUUGUGGUGGUGCUCACAGACGAUGGCAUUUUAAUACCUUGGACGCAAGACUGAAUCAUGCCUCUUUUGCUUUUAUCCGAAAGGAAGCAAUUUAUGCUUAUAUUCGUGAUGGAUCCAAUAGUACCAACGGUUUCCAAGAAAUCACACUUCAGAGCAAUUUCCAUGGUCGAGAAGUACGGGCUAUGAAAUAUUUGAAAUUACCAGCAAAUUCCGGGGAUCAUUCAAAUCAACCAAUUGUUUUUGCUACUGGUGGUGAAGAUACUAUCUUACGGAUACAUCAAUAUAUUCCUAAGGAAUCAAAGUUCGUCACUCACUCUACUAUUCGCAAACAUAAAUCAGUCAUCAAAUGCAUUGAGUGGAGUCAUGGAAAUGAAACUCUACUUUUUACAGCUGGUGGAACCGAAGAAUUCCGUUGUUGGAAAUUAGAAAUGUAUCAAGAUCAUGAAAACUCAUUAGUGGUGAAUUGUUUGGAAUGGGCUGUGUGUCCUGUUGUCAGUGAUGAGCGGAUCGAAACUCGUAUCAUGGAUCUUACAACCAUUGUCAUUGAUUCUUCUCGAGGACUUCACUUGGUUGGUGCUGUUUAUUCCGAUGCAAUGAUCAGGAUUUGGCUUUUCAAUGAAAAAACUCGACAAUUCUCACUCAUUGUGGAUGGUACUUGGCAUGCAAAAUGUAUUCUUCAAAUUACUCAUUUGGUUCUUGCUCAAGAAAAUGAGAAGAAUCGUAUCUUGUUCUUCACAUCAGCAACUGAUGGAAAAGUGGCUAUAUGGGAUAUCAGUGAAGAAUUAUAUUCUGUACUUGAGAAUGUGGAACAAGUGGAAAUGGAUCCAACUAAACCAGCUAUCAAAUUGUCACAACCACUUGGAUUUUAUCUAGUACACAUGUCCGGUGUCAAUGCACUGGAAGUAAUGGAUUUCGACAAGGAUCAUAUAUUGAUUUUGACUGGAGGCGAAGACAAUUCUGUAGCUGCUACUUUGGUGAACAAACGGAAUUGGAAAAUGGUGGAUGAUGGACCAUGUAAUGUACCGAAUGCACAUGCAUCUUCUAUCACUGGUAUAUAUCUUAUCGAUCAUAUGGAUACACAAAAGAGAGCAAUGGCUACAGUAUCAACUGAUCAACGAUUGAAUAUUUGGAUGAUUGAGUCUAUUGACAAGGGAUCAUUGGCAGUAAACUUGGUAGAUACCGUAUUUGUGGAUAUUCCAGAUCCAUCGGCAUUGGAUGGUAUACGAUUAGAUGGUCAAUUACACUUUACAUCAACAGGCAUCGGUUUACAAAGUUUCAAAUUUAUUCAUGAUCAUUUAUAG